UAGUGUAGACGUAUUAGUGACUUAGUGCCAGAGAGUGUUUCUAUAUCACCGCAUCGUAGAAUAUUUUCGAAACGCUACUUCGUUGUUGCGCGCUCUAAGGUGAACGACAAACGGCUGAACGCGGAGAAAAUUUUUUUUCUUUUUCUUUUCCCUUUUUGCAUAUUUAUACACUCGAACGGCAACCCAAGCGAAGCGCCUUAAGUUACACGAUCAGGAAACCGUCCAAGUGCUUGCGAACCAACACCAAAAUCAGGGAACACAUGGAGAGUGUAAGCCCUAAGGCCGCAACGCCGACCAUGCUCAACCUGAGACAGGAUCACAGCGAUCCCAUCAAAAAGAGGAAACGCAAACCCAGAAGAGGUUGCCGCGCCGGGAAAAGUUUCAAAGACUGGAAGAAACGGGUGAUCGAGCCCCUACUAAGAAUAGUGCCACGUCAAAACUCCGAAGCGCACAAAGUGACAACCGCAGUAAACACUGAAACCUUGGAUUUGACAAUUUCUAACGACAAGGACACUGUCCCGUUUCCUCCGCCAGUGAUAGAAACAUUAGAGACACAACUAGUGCCAAUAGGACUAAUAUAGACUUAGAUAUCUACACACCUGCGACGUCCCUGCAAGAUCACACAGACACAAUUUUCACCCGGUAAAAAUUGUUAUCCGGGAAGGGAGGUGUGACGUCGAGCGACGACGUUGGAGUUAGUAUUAAGUUAAGAUUAAGAACAUAUACAUAAUUAUUAGAUUAAGUACUAUACUCUCAUCUCCCAUAAACAUCCUUCAGCCACACCGAACAUUCCACUUCUAUCUCCUAUAAACACCCUCCGACCGAACCGAGCAAUCCAAUCCUUUCCCAUAACAAAACCCAGACAAAAUACAGAUAAUUAUAAGCAUCCCCGCGAUGCCCGAACCACCAAGCGACUCAUAUAAAUUAAGCAACAAGCCACCAAAAAGUUAG